CCAUGAGGACUGCAGGAGCUGUACUUUGCCUGUUAGGGGUGCUGUUUGUCAAGCAGGAUGCAGAGGCGACCACCGCGUUUGACCUCCUGAGAGAGACAGCAGUGUCGUGGACGGGGAAGCUGCCGUGCGGUGACUGGGACUGCGACUGCGCUUUCAAUCGCCAGCGCGGAUGCUGCUGCGUUGCCGGCAGCGUCUUCCAACUGGAGGAGGAUCUGUUCACGCGCAUGGUGGGUCUGUGGCAGGGACUCUCCACUCUCAACAACCAGAUCGGCGAGCUCACAGGUCCUGGCUGCAAGGUUGCCUUCACAGCGGUGAUGUCCCCGAUGUCCAUGGGCUCACAGUGCUUUGGGCCCUUCACUAGCCACGUGCCCAUCUCCUACAUGAACGUACUGCUCAACCAGGGCUUCGGCUACAACCCAGCUCUCGGCAUCUUCACGGCCCCGCGCACGGGCGUCUACUCCUUCUCCUACACCGUGUACUCCAACGUGGGCUCGAGCGGCGAGCGCCUCUACCACAUGGUGCAGCUGAUGCGCGACGGCGUGGAGGUGACGUCCACGUGGGAGGACAACCGCGAGGACUCGGAGGACGGCGGCUCGCAGACGGUGGUGCUGCAGCUGCGCCGCGGCAGCCAGGUGUACAUGCAGCUGUUCUCCGGGCGCCUGCUCUGCGGAGACACGGAGGGCCACAACAGCUUCAGCGGCUACCUGCUCUACCCGCUCAGCGACUAGGGCACCGCACUGGAGAAGACAAGGACACACACAUCAUGCACAGGGUGGCACACAUACACAAUAUGGGAAGAUAGCUUGCCUAUGCAAACAUAGUCUGAUGCACAUGACGACUCACACAAGGACCAUACUUUACC